CCUGAGUGAUUGAAUCGAGCUCCGGUACGUCUACUGGCCUCCUGGCCCCACGACUAACCAUCUAACAAGUCUCUAACUUCAGAAAUGGAUCUACUUAACAUAGACACUCGAUCUAACCGGCCUAAAUGCCUAAAUGCCUGAAUUAGGCAAGUUAGAUGCGAAAGUCACUUUCCUGAUGUUGGGCAUAAGAUCAACACCCUCGUAUUUCUCUGCCAUAUUCGUCGAAACAUCGCCUGCAACCUCCGGGAGCCACACGGCGGUCCAGCCAGCGCAGCCCGUGGACGCAGAGGCUACGCCUAAUAUGGACCGUGGGUUUUAUAGCCAACCAUUGUUCUCGAAACCUACAAAGCGCGCGCGCCACACGCUCAACCUGUCUCUCCUACCACCACACCCGCUUUGUUCCUCCGUCCCCUAAAGCUACCCGGUCCCCAGCCACUACAGAGUUAAGCCUCAGCACGCUUCACAUCACAAAUUAUCACAAUGAAUACCCUCCUGAAUGAGAACACCCUCCGCGCACUCAAGCGCGCCGAAAUCCAAAAGCUUGCGAAGCGUGAAGGCUUUCGCGCAAACGGCAAGACCGACGCCCUCAUCGCGGCGUUGGUAGCGAAGUACCCCGGCGGUAUCCUACCGCUGGAGAAAGAGAAAGGCCCCGCUCGUAGGUCGAAGCGUCUCCAGACGACGGAGCCGAAGGACGAGGAGGAGGAGGUCGCAGUCGAGCCUCCAGUUUUCGGGGACAGCAUCUCGCAGUAUGUCCCGUCAAGGACCAAUGCGACAGUGAGGGCCACCGUCGAGACCGCCGAUGAGGCAGACACCCACCAACAGCAGCGCGCAGCAUCGCCACUGCCGACCCCGCCACCGCCGUCGCCAUCACAACGCCACGAACAGGAGGUCCCUGCACCGCGCCCUGCCACGCCGGUCCUGUCCCUGGUGAAGGCUAGCUCAAGAGGCGUGCGCAUCCAGCACAGCCCUCCGGCAGUCACACCACAGCAAGCGCCGGAGUUUGUCCAAGGGUCCUCCGGACUCGUGAACAAUCAGGCGCACGCGCUGCAGCGCAAGCAGGAGUGCCUAACGACAGGUGCUCCCACCAGCGCGGCGACGCGUGUACCGAACUUUUCAAGAGCGCGAGAGGGCGCCUCGUUGUCCACCGAGAAGCUCAACGAGCGCAACAUUCAGCUCUCGCCACCGAAGCAAGUGGCACCAGCACCAGGCAACGGCCCGGUGUUCCACCCGUCAAGCAUCAACGGCCAGGCUGGGCAGUGCACAAGAGCAGGGCCGUCCCGGCGAAUUGUCAACCCCCAAGUCGGACCAGCUAGCGCUUUCUCGCUGCAUCCCGCAAAGUGGUCGUCUCCCGACGAUCAACAGGUCCCAGUGGUAGCCGAGUCCAUCUCCGAGAUGAUGUCCAGGAAACGCCGGCGCGACGAGCUGGAGGAUGAUGAACUUGACGCUGACAGCGCCGAGGGAUCCGACUCUGAAAGCGAUGCGAGCAGCGUGUCGCAGCCGACCGCAGGUCCUAGUCGGGCGUCAGGGUACGUCCCCAAGCCUGUCCCGGGCUACAACGGCCACGAAUCCACCCCCGAGCCGGAGUACGAAUGGGCGGAACGCUAUGCCCUGCCGUACCACUGGCAGUCCGUUCGCGGAGACAAUCUCAGGCCAUCACCAAAGCGCACUCGCCAUCGGUGAAUGUAAGCCUAUCUUGGUUUGUCUCGUGUUUUCGCUGUAGCUGCUUGCUGCAUCGCGUAUCAUACCAUCCGUCGCGUAGUCUUCCCGUCUUUUGUCUUGUUGUUCUGUGGUUUGUAUCAGCGUCGGUUUCUCUCGAGGGUCAGAAUGAACAAAGCUUACCUCGCACUAAUGUGUAGAGGAACAGAGAGAA